AAGGCGAUUGUCAUAUGAUAGCUAAGAAGUGGCACAUUAAUGAAGCGCCGCUACAGGGGUCUUUUCUGCUCCUGUCACUGCUUAAAACUAUCAGAUGGUUCGAGGAAGGACAUGGAGGCAGCCACCUAGCUCAGCGGAGCCGCGGAGCCCACAGCAGCGCCCUCCGCAGCCCCGAGGCGGCCGCUACCACUGUCUGCGCCGGAACUCCACAGCCGAGCUCGGACGCCCGCGGGGCGCACCGCCAGAGAGCUGCGGACCAGACGGCGCGGGGCGCUGCGGGGCUGAGUUGCCAAGCCGAGGGGUGCGCCGAGCCCAGCUGAUCCGGGACUUCGCGCCGGGACUGCGCGCCGGGAGGGACGCGGAGAGCGGCAGCGUCAUCCCGGAUGCGAACACGCAACUUGGAGCAACUUUAAGAUUCGAGCAGCCGGCCGGCCCGCGCGCACCCUGAGCAAAGAAGAGGGCGAGCAAGAAGAUGCCUCGGCCCGGCCGCAACACGUACAGCGACCAGAAGCCUCCCUACUCGUACAUCUCGCUGACCGCCAUGGCUAUCCAGAGCUCGCCCGAGAAGAUGCUGCCACUGAGUGAGAUCUACAAGUUCAUCAUGGACCGCUUCCCCUACUACCGGGAGAACACUCAGCGCUGGCAGAACAGCCUGCGCCACAACCUCUCCUUCAACGACUGCUUCAUCAAGAUCCCGCGGCGGCCAGAUCAGCCCGGCAAGGGCAGCUUCUGGGCGCUGCACCCCAGCUGCGGAGACAUGUUCGAGAACGGCAGCUUCCUGCGGCGCCGCAAACGCUUCAAGGUGCUCAAGUCGGAUCACCUGGCGCCCAGCAAGCCCGCGGACGCGGCGCAGUACUUGCAGCAGCAGGCCAAGUUACGCCUCAGCGCGCUGGCCGCCUCCGGCACGCACCUGCCACAGAUGCCGGCCGCUGCCUAUAACCUGGGCGGCGUGGCGCAGCCCUCGGGCUUCAAGCACCCCUUCGCCAUCGAGAACAUCAUUGCGCGCGAGUACAAGAUGCCUGGGGGGCUGGCCUUCUCCGCCAUGCAGCCGGUGCCCGCCGCCUAUCCGCUCCCCAACCAGUUGACUACCAUGGGCAGCUCGCUGGGCACCGGCUGGCCACACGUGUACGGCUCCGCCGGCAUGAUCGACUCGGCCACCCCCAUCUCCAUGGCGAGUGCCGACUACAGCGCUUACGGCGUGCCGCUGAAGCCGCUGUGCCACGCUGCAGGCCAGACGCUGCCCGCCAUCCCUGUGCCCAUCAAGCCCACGCCGGCUGCCGUGCCUGCGCUGCCCGCGCUGCCCGCGCCCAUUCCCACCUUGCUCUCGAACUCGCCGCCCUCGCUAAGCCCCACAUCCUCUCAAACAGCCACCAGCCAAAGCAGCCCCGCCACCCCCAGCGAAACGCUCACCAGCCCGGCCUCCGCCUUGCACUCGGUGGCCGUACACUGACCCAGAGCGGCCGGCGCCCCCUCUUAC